AUGGAUUUAGUGGUAUUCGAAGGCAAUAUAGAUAACAGUGAUGGAGCUAGGGUUGCUGGUCAACAAGAAUGCCAGAAUAAGGAUGGUGGAGUGGAAUUAGGCCAAGAGGGACAUGAGGCGGUUAGUGAUGAUGUUAGCAGUGGCGAAAACAGUGAUGACCCAACAUACUUGCCAUCUGAUAAAGAGGAAAACAGUAUGGAAGACAUCCACUUCACUGACAGUGAUGAGGUGUACGACUAUGAAAGUGGAUUCGGUGAAGAUAAUGCUGUGCCGAAGGACUGUAAUGUGGAAAAGGGCAAAAAGGUUGUUACAAGUGAUUUGGAUGAUGAGGAUGCAGUUGACGGUGAUGAAUUAGAGCAGGACCAUGUAAUAGGGAUAGAUGCUGAUGAUGGGGAGGAUCUUGCUGAGGAGGGGGGGCAGAGGUUUCCUGUGCAUAAGACACAAAAGGAGAUGGGAAAGUACCAAUGGAAGGUGGGCACAUUGUAUGAAUCUCGGCAGGAGUUCAAGGAUACGGUGGUGGCCUAUGCAGUCAACACAGCUAGGAACAUUAAGUUCAAGAAGUGCAACUUGGUGAGGGUUCGAGCUAUUUGUCAGAAAGGCUGCCCAUUUUGGUUAUAUGCACACAGGGUCGGUGAGGAGUUCACUUGGCAACUAAGAAGCAUGAAUCUCCAACAUACCUGCAUGCAGACACACAGGAUUGGGAUUAUGCACAGCAAAUGGUUGGGUAGCCAGUUUAAGAAGAAAGUUGAAUCCAAUCCAAAGAUCAAGGUGAAGGAGCUGGUUGCAAAGGCUCACAAAAAAUGGAACCUGACCGUUACCAAGGCAAUGGCAGCUAAGACAAAACAGGAGGCUUUUAGUCAGAUACAGGGCGCCUUUAGGGAGCAGUACAAGCGAAUAAACGACUACUGCCAUGAACUCCUAAGAACAAACCCAGGUUCCACAGUGAUUCUGAAGGUUAUUAGAUCACUAGAUUUUGCUCAAGAGAGACAGAACGCAGAACUGAUGAACUAUUGUGUUUUUCAAAGAAUGUAUGUAUGCUUUGAUGCUUGCAAGAAAAGUUUUCAACACUGCAGAAGGUUCAUUGGGCUGGACGGUUGCUUCUUGAAAACCCCCCAAGGUGGACAACUGUUGACUGCAGUCGGAAGAGACCCAAAUGACCAGAUUCUUCCAAUUGCGUAUGCGGUUGUGGAGGUGGAGACUAAGGACUCUUGGGUCUGGUUUCUGCGUCACCUGUCUGAUAACUUAGGCCCAUACAACCUUGCAAAGUGCACGUUUAUGUCUGAUCAGCAAAAGGGCUUAUUGUCGGCGUUUGAAGAGGUCAUUCCAGGGGUGGAUAACAGGUUCUGUGUCAGGCAUCUCUACAGCAACUUCAGGAAGAAGUUUCCUGGUUUAGAGCUAAAGAACAAGAUGUGGAGGUGUGCUAAAGCAAGUCAUUGGCAGAGCUGGGAGAAGGAGAUGAAAAAUUUGCGAGUUCUGAAUGAGGGAGCAUUUAGACAUCUCAAUGGCAUUCCACCAAGGUUCUGGUCAAGAUCCAGGUUUACCUUCCUAUCUAAAUGUGACAGUCUUGUUAAUAACAUGAGUGAGAGUUUCAAUGCUGUGUUAGUAGAAGCAAGAGAGAAACUAAUUGUGAGCAUGUUAGAGGAUAUUAGGGUUUAUAUGAUGACUAGAUGGGCUGCAAAUAGGGAAAGGGUUCUUAAUUAUCCAGAAAACAUUAUGCCAAUGAUUACCAAGAAAUUAGAGAAACGGGCAAGCUUAGCUAGGGACUGGAGGCCUUACUGGUCAUCUGCUAGCAACUACGAGGUUAUGUGUGGUCUAGAUAAGUAUGUUGUGGAUCUGGCUGCUGGUGAAUGUUCUUGCAGGACUUGGCAAAUGAGUGGAAUUCCUUGUCCUCAUGCCAUCAGCUGCAUCACCUUCAAGGGCCUUAAUUUGGAGUCAUAUGUGGCUGACUGCUACAAGAAAGAGGCCUACAUCAAGUGCUACCAGGAGGUGAUACACCCUGUAAACGACCCGGAGCUAUAG